GGCCCGCCCCCGCGGCGCCGGGAGCAGCGCGGUACCGGCUGACCCGCGGCCGGCCCGAGUGGGGGCGCUGCCCUCAGAGCCGCAGAUGUGUGUGGCUGCCAGAAGAGGAGGCUCCUCUGAGGACAUAUUGACAGGCCCUCUGUGCCUUAGCUACCUAGAGAUUUUCACCCUUGGACACUGGCAGCUGAGACCUGAGAACUGACCACAUGCCCUGCCCAGGCUUCUGCUGCCACAACUCAUUAGCCCUAACUGUGCUGACUAGAAGACCAGCCGGAGGGGACAGUGGGCAUGGAAGUAGAUCAGAAUCUCCUAGGGACUCUCAGGGGCUUGUUGCUGAUUGGCCCUGCCCUUCCCCCCCCCCUCGGCAGGGUGCCAGGAAGCUGGAACUUUGUUAUCUGAGUAAUUAGCUUCAAACCCUGGCCAGGUCUUAAGGCUACUUCCCACAGGCUGUGCACCCUGACCCCAAGAGGGAAGUGAGGCACUGUGUGCAGAGGCUCUGCUGGCUGAGCAGUUGAAGUGCCAGGCUUGCCUAGGGAGCGGCCGUAGGCGCCCUCACUGCUCUCCCUGCCUGGGCUGUGCUCCUCAGGGCUGCUGGGCUUGGUCACAGUGCAACCAACACAGCCUUGUCAGGGACAGAGGACACCAAGCCUUGGGAAGGGGAUGCCCCCAAGGGUGCCAGUCCAGCCAGCAGCCCUACCCCUCAGGCACAGCCUGGCUCCCAAGCCUUUAACUGUGGUGCCCCAAGCAGUCCUGUGGGCAGACAUUCCCCACCAUGGCCGAGCACUUGGAGCUGCUGGCAGAGAUGCCCAUGGUGAGCAGGAUGAGCACUCAGGAGCGGCUGAAGCAUGCCCAGAAGCGACGUGCCCAGCAGGUGAAGAUGUGGGCCCAGGCUGAGAAGGAGGCCCAGAGCAAGAAGGGCCAUAGGGAGCGGCCGCAGCAGGAGGAGAUGAGCCCUGGGCCUCGGAAGCAGGUCCUCUUCCUUCCCAGUAUUGCCCUUCUGGAGGCAGCUGCCAGAAACGACCUGGAGGAAGUCCGCCAGUUCCUUAGCAGUGGGGUCAGCCCUGACCUGGCCAAUGAGGACGGCCUGACAGCACUGCACCAGUGUUGCAUCGAUGACUUCCAAGAGAUGGCACAGCAGCUCUUAGAGGCUGGGGCUGAUGUCAAUGCUCGUGACAGUGAGUGCUGGACGCCUCUGCAUGCUGCAGCUACCUGUGGUCACUUGCACCUGGUGGAGCUCCUCAUUUCCUGUGGUGCAGAUCUCCUGGCAGUGAACACUGACGGAAACAUGCCUUAUGACUUGUGUGAGGAUGAACAGACACUGGACUGCCUUGAGACUGCCAUGGCCAGCCGUGGUAUCACCCAGGACAGCAUUGAGGAGGCCCGGGCAGUGCCAGAGCUGCGCAUGCUAGAUGACCUCCGGAGCAUGCUACAUGCUGGGGCUCAUCUCAAUGAUCCUCUGGACCAUGGAGCCACACUGCUGCACAUCGCUGCUGCUAAUGGGUUCAGUGAAGUGGCUGCCCUGCUGCUGGAGCAAGGAGCCAGCCUGAGCACCAAGGACCGGGACGGCUGGGAACCUCUGCAUGCUGCGGCGUACUGGGGCCAGGUGCACCUAGUGGAGCUGCUUGUGGCACAUGGGGCUGAUCUAAAUGGAAAAUCUCUGAUGGAUGAGACACCCCUUGAUGUGUGUGGUGACGAGGAGGUGCGGGCUAAGCUGCUGGAGUUGAAGCACAAGCAGGAUGCAUUGCUACGGGCCCAGGGCCACCAGCGGUCCCUGUUGCGCCGCCGCACCUCCAGUGCAGGCAGCCGUGGGAAGGUGGUGAGACGGGUGAGCCUGACCCAGCGCACUAACCUGUAUCGCAAGGAGCAUGCCCAAGAAGCCAUUGUGUGGCAUCAGCCACCACUCAGCAGUCCAGAGCCACCAGAGGAUGACGAGGACCGCCAGACAGAUGCUGAGCUCCAGCUGCAGUCACCAGAGGAGGAUAGCCCUGAUGUGGCCAGGCCACACAAUGGCCGAGUAGGGGGCCCCCCAGGGCGGCACCUGUACUCCAAACGGCUGGACCGGAGUGUCUCCUAUCAGCUCAGCCCCCUGGAAAGCAGUGCCCCUGAUGCCCUUGUCCGGGACAAGUCCCACCACACCUUGGCAGAGCUCAAGCGCCAGAGAGCCGCCGCCAAGGUUCAGCGACUAGCCCCUGAGGAGCCUGAGGCCUCUGAGCCUGGCCUGCCUGCUGAUACUGAGACAUCCCAGUCUGACUGUGGCUUCCUGGCAGCUGGGGAUCCACCCUUGCUCAAGCUCACUGCUCCCUCAGAGGAGGUCCCUGUGGAAAAGAGGCCAUGCUGCCUGCUCAUGUGAAGUCUCAUUGCUCAAGAUGGCAAAGUCCCAUCACCAUGCCCAGCUAGGCCACCUCAGAAUCCUUGCCCUGGAGGCCUACCUCAGUGCUGCAGGGGAGCCAGCACCAGACCUUUCCAACACUGGCCACCUUGCUCAGGGAUGGACCAUACUGAGCACACCUGUGGGCCUUGGGCCCCAGAUUGCUUAUCCUGUGACUCUUGAUAAAGGCUGUUUGCCAUCUA